AUGCAACUUCUUUCCUUUCUGACUGUUUUUCGCAAAUUCGAGUUGGAAGUUUGCGAGACACUUGGUGGUCCAUCAUUCGUCCAAUCUGGCAUCCAUGGCAGACCACAAAGCCUUCGUUGGCCUUACGGCUUCCGCUUCGAAUGGGCAACAAAGCUGCUCUACACUCUUACAGAUGUUUCCGGCGACGAUCGAACCGAUGUUACCAUCAGACUCAAGCCUGCUGCUCCUCCAAUCCGGGAGGUAAUUGCGAAUAUACCUGAACACAUGGAUGAUCAGCUUGGAGGCAUCCUGAUCUGCCUAACCAACUUCAAACAGCACACCGACAGCAUGCACAUCUCUCGAGAAACAAAGAACGCCACACUGCAGCGAACUCUCACAGACAUGGCAGAAAAUGUGCGAGAUUCGGUGCUUGCGGCAUCAUCAUGGUUUCGACAAAAAGCCCUGGAAUUCGGUCCGGGUUACGUUGAUGCAUCACUUGCCCACUAUCUGUACCUAAGUCUAAUCGGAGGUCUUUCCACAGAGCUUUCGCAAGCCCGCAAAACAUCGAGGCUCACCCACGAGUGGAAGGAGUGGAAGAAAAGAAGGAUGCUCCUCGGUCCUACAGCUAUCAAGCACGUCAGCAACACCAACUCUGUGGCUAUUGCAGAUUAUCUGAAUAGAGCUGAGAUGAUCCGAGAGCUGCUCAUCUACGCGAACAAGCAGAUCUGCUUGACAGUAUCUGCCAAGGAGGACGUACCUGACACCGCCAUUGACUAUCCAAACGAGUCUCUGGCAGACGGAGAGAAGGACACAUAUGCCGAGAAGCUUGUGAGGCUCAAUCAUUGCAAGCGAAUCGCAAGCAUCAUCCAACUCCACCAGGAUUCUGAUCGAUAUCGCGCGAAAGUGCUACUUCGUGCAGCCAUUCAACCGUAUCCCAUACUCACCUUGUUCCAACACAAAACCUCGGACGCCAACAGAAUCAACCUCUCUUGGGAACGCUGUGACCCCGAGGGUCUGGAACCCGCAGAAGACUUUCAUCUCCAUAUUCAGGAUUAUGAAAAGCUUGGGAGCUUCUUCAUGGCGGCCAGACACGGAGAGGGCCAAAAUCCUGCGAUUCUCGGUCCGAGCCCCCAGCAGAAGGCGAAUUUCUUCGGUCUCUUCGAGUCGCAAGAAGCCCGCGUCAUCAAUCCAUUCUCGCACUUCCGCUGCAUCACAAGCGAGCUUGUCGACCUUCUGAAUCCUUUCAAGCUGCUAGCAUUGACCGAGCCGCGGCAGGCCCAGCAUGAUCCCGACACCACCACAGGCGAACUUCUCUCAAACCCUUCCAGCGAGCAAUUGGCAACAGUGCCAGAAACAUCGAGAAGACAGCUCGUGCAAACUUAUCAGGCUGUGUCUCUCCAUACGCCUUCGCAGCAAGACGAAAGCGACGUGGCAAACGAAGCUGAUACCCCGCAAAGCAUGGCUACGACUCGCGACAUCAAUGUUAUGGACAACCCGGAAACCAUCAAAGCCCGCCUGUUCAUGUCAAAGAGCUUCAGGGAAGUCACAGUGAGACGCCUACUGCUCAAUCCGACCUUUCAAGACCGAUACGGGCCUGAUGGGAUACUGAUCGAUGGAGCGAUACCCCAGAACGACCGACAAGCCAAGGUCUUGGAAACUAGCCUAGUCGACGACACCGCUGAUGUUGUAGCAGCCCUCUUUGCCGCCCGCGGGAUUGACGCGGCAGCUCUUCCAGCCGUCGCCCUCGAGCAGUUGGCUUCUGAACUGAUACCGACCGAUGUCGCAGAAAGAGCACUGUCCAACUCUCGAAUCGAAGGAAAACGCAAAAGGAAGCGUAAUGCUGACAAAGUUGAAGCGAAGAAGAUCAAGAAGGAGAAGAUGGAGCAGGACAAAGCAAUACGGGACGGCGAUGGAGAUGUGUUCAACGAGCCUGAGCCGUGGGAUGAUGAUACGUAUCAGUUCUCCCAGUCACCCACGAUGAUAGACAGCACGUAUGUCUCCCAGCCAGAACCGUCGUUGGGUCAAAAGCCGCCACCGGGACCAACGCCGACAUGCUCCUCUCGAGAAUUUGGACUCGUCACUGAGUGA